AUACUCCGUACAAAAUAUUCGUGCCUACCCAGCCAGUCCGACCAUACGUGGGAAACUACGAACGUAACGUUCGGCGGCACCGCCGCAUAAACAUAACGGACCGUGAGAAACGCCAUCGGCAAGUGCAAUGGCGGCGGAGACCGGCGGCGGAGAUAUCAACUUGGACGGCCUGCCGGAAGGUUGCGUAGCCAAUGCUCUGUCCCUGACGAGCCCGGAAGACGCUUGCCGCCUCUCGCUGACCGGAUCAACCUUCCGCUCCGCCGCCAUGUCAGACGCCGUCUGGGAGCGGUUCCUGCCUCCCGAUUACCGUGACAUCAUUUCCCGGUCCGCUGAAGCCGCCGAUUUGCUGGCCUCCGCCGCCUCCAAGAAGGAUCUGUAUUUCCGGCUCUGUGAUUUUCCCGUCCUUAUCGACGGCGAUACCAAGAGUUUUUCAUUGGAGAAGAAGAGUGGGAAGAAAUGUUACAUGAUAGGCUCAAGAUCCCUUAAGAUUGUUUGGAGUGACACACCCAACUACUGGCGAUGGAUCUCUCUCCCUCACUCCAGGUUCUUUGAAGCAGCUGAGCUUAUAAGUGUGUGCUGGCUUGAAAUAUGUGGCAGCAUAAACACUACCACUCUCUCCCCCAACACAAACUAUGCAGCUUACCUUGUCUUCACACUCCAACCCAAAUCCUACGGCUUCGAAUACCAGCCGCUCAACGCCGAGAUCACGACCGACGACGACAGAGGCGGGGCGAAGAAACAGACCGUUUACUUGGACACACGCGGAGCGGAGUGGGAUGGGGACAACAUUAGCACUCACGCAGCUCCGAGGGCGUUCAGGCCUCGGAGUGGAACGCGCGUCACUUACAGAGCGAGGCGACAGGCGAUGAACGCGGACUUGGAACGCGGGGCGGGGCGGUUCCCGAGGAAGAGAUCAUAUGAUGGGUGGAUGGAGGUGGAGUUGGGGGAGUUUUUUGUGGAGGAGGGGGGAGGGGGUGAGGUGGUUGUGAGCUUGAUGGAGAUUAAUAGUCAAUGGAAGAGUGGUUUGGUUGUGGAAGGGAUAGAGAUUAGGCCCAAAGAGGAGGAGGAGGAUAAACAUAUGUAAUAGAGUGUAGUAAUGUGGAAUAUGAAUCCUUUCAAUGCACAAUCGAGAGGUGAAAACCCAAUAAUGUAGGGUCGUGGUU